GCUAUAUAAGGCGGAGAGAGCGGUCUCUUGCACCCGGUGUGCUUUGGCAACGCUGCCCGUCUUUCUUUGCUCUGCCAGAUCCGCCGCCGCAGCGAGGAUGAACACGAAGUUCUUCCAGAUACUGAAGUCUAAAAAAGAACUCAUUCCUCUGGCAGGAAUACUGUCCUUCGCAGCAGUGGGAGCACUCUCUUUUUCUAUUUACUCCCUGUUCAGCAAAUCCGAUGUGAUCAUUAAUAAGAGUGGCAAUCCAGAACCAUGGCAAACGAUUGAUCCUACCAAGCCUCAGAAGCUAUUAACAGUCCGUCAGAAAUGGAAACCUAUAGAAGACCUGGAAAAUGUCAAAAAGCUGACAAAGUGACAAGUUUCUAUUGCCUCAAAAAGGUACCCUAUCAGUCUAGUGGAAUCACUUCUGCACAAACUUGACUACUUAAAUCAGUGUGCGGAAAUGCUUCUGCUACAUUUUUAGGGUCUCCCUACAUUUUUUGGAUUCUGGAUGAGGAGUUUCAUGUUGCUUUAGAAGUUUGCUUACAAUAUCCACAUAGUCAAAAAAUCUGCCUCAACUAUCUAUUUAGAGUAGGCAUUUGAUGACAAGUGUUGAAUAUUCAGAUGAAUUAUAGAUGGAGAAAAUCUUCACACUUUUUGUACAAUAUUUUUUCUCAAAAUACAUUAAUUUUUACAUUUUAUAUAUUUUUAAUAAAAUAGAUUUUAAAUCUGUUUCAACAUUCCAUGUAUAUCCCAUAAAUGGAGAUUACCAAUAAAAGCUCUUACAAAUUGUGAUUCCUGGUAUGCUCCGUUUCCAUGCUGUAUUUCAAUGCUGUUACACAGACCAAAUAGUCAUCAGUCUUUGCAUGACAGCAUAUGUGGUCAUAAAGUAUACUUACAUUCAUUUUCUACAUUAGAUGGGAUGAAAAUGUAAAUCAAAAUUAAUGUUAAACUGCUAAUACCAGAACUUACAUGUGCUCACCUUAACCCACUGAGGAGUCCAAUAGGUUAUUUAAAGGUAUAUUUGAGACUACAGGAUUAGAACAUAAGAAUUAAGUAUGGCUAAAAGGGAAAUGGAAAUGAAAUAAUUUCUGUUGUAUUGAAAUAUUGUUCAUGUUUAAAUGUAGAAAGAGUUACUAGAGUUAGGAAACUUGCAUUAUCCAAAACUGCACAAUGUCAAUUUAUUCUUUUUGUGCAAGGUAGUUUGUGGAUGAUCUCAAAUGUCCUGUGUAGUUAACAGAACUUUUUAACAUUUCUAGAUAAAUACUGUUAGGCACAAGUGCUUUAACAAAGAUUAAAUAACAGAGGCACAAGUGCUUUAACAAAGAUUAAAUAACAGAUUAACAUUAGGAAACAGUUCUUUUCUAAUCAUCUCUGUGUUUUCUUAUGAGUUGGCAGGGAAAGAAUGUAAAGGGCAGACCGCUCAGUAAAUUAAUGAGGCAAUAUACGCAUCCAAUGGCAGAACCCUCCUAUCAUGGGUGUUUUCUGUAGGUGUCCCCUCCCAGGAAGUUUCACAAUGCCUUAUACAGUUUCUUUUACAGUGAAUGUUCAGAAUGCAUAUUGCUUUCAGUGAGGAAGAAAGCAAAAACGAAACAACUCCUAAUUGCAAAAAAAAAAAAAAUCCCUGUGAGUAAUAGUGAUGUGUUUUCGGUUACUCUGCUGCGGAAAAGAUGUAAGUUAGUAAAGCUGAAUUUUAACGUAGCUUGGCUUGAGAAACUUUAUGUGUUCUUCAAGUUAAGGAAAAAGAAAAGAUGUUAUUUUAUUCCAUACUUCUUGUGCGCAGUUGCAGUGUAAAUGUUUAUCAAGUAAGGAUGACUCAGCAGUGUUUAUGCUCAGGAGUGAAACUACGAGACUUUAGAAUAUGUUACCAGCUUUCAUUUUAAGGAAUGGCCUUACAACAUGAUUGGAUAGCACGCAACCACAAAACUCCAGUCUUCUGAGGAAUACAAUUCUUAAGUAUUUUAGCAGAGAAACAUUUUUUUAUAUGUAUUUUCUGUAAGUUGUUCUGUAUUUCCAUAUUCUUACUGGACUGUGUCAAACAAAACAAAAAGUGCUGUGGUCUGAGUUGAUGCAUAAAUUAAAUUAGUUGGUUCUUCAGUACAUGGUGUAUAUGGUC